CCCCGCUCGCCAACCGCCGCCAUUUGAACCAUGGCGGCGACGGCGCCGAUGGCGGCGGAGGCGCUGCCCGCGGCCUGGCGGCUCUACCUCGUCCCAACCCGCGUCGCCACCUUCCGCAACUGGCCCUUCACCGAGGGCUGCGCCUGCACGCCCGACAGGAUGGCAGCGGCGGGCUUCGUGCACUGCCCCAGCGAGAACGGCCCCGACGUGGCGCAGUGCUUCUUCUGCCUCAAGGAGCUGGAGGGCUGGGAGCCCGACGACGACCCGCUGGAGGAGCACAAGAAGCACUCUGCGGGCUGCGCUUUUGUCGCCCUUCAGAAGGACCCCACUAGCCUGACGCUGCAGGAGUUCCUGAAGCUGGACAAGGAGCGGAUGAAGAAUGCAAUCAAAAAAGAAAUUUCUCAGAAGGUGACCGAGGUUGAAGACACAGCCAAGUCUGUGCGUCGUGAAAUAGAGAACCUGGCCUCCUAGGCUGCACCAGCCUCUGCCGUCUGUCUUGUGUAUGUACUGUGAUGCUGCCACGUUCCUGAACGACUGUUUCCUGGGACCAUUUUCAUAACAGCCACAUCUGUGAGAAGCAUAACAAUGCUGGAUUCUCCUGCUCUCAUUUGAGUCUGUCCAGGAAGUACCUGGGAUUUGAUGCACUGCAUAGAUAAUAUCCUUCUGCAGGGAUUCCCCUAUUCUUCCUGUUGGAUUAAUUUAGGAGUGUUUAAGAACUUGUGUUUUUACUUGUUCUUAACUUCUUUUGUAAACUUAGUUGUUCCUAUUUGGAGGGUACUGGUUGUAACUUGUGUUAAAAAGAAACUUGUGUCUCUUGCAAGAGCUGGGAGACACUUCCGUUCUUUUACUGAAUAUACCAGUGAAUAUGGGUAACUUUUAAAA